AUGGUGAUUGGGAGACUUUUGUUUAGCUUCGAUAUACUUGCAAUUAUGGUUGAUUUAUGGAAGUGCAAUGGAUUAAUGUUUCGCUGGUUAUCGUUUCCUAAGAUGAACAAAAAGAAUGAUGAUGGAGAAACACAUAAUGAAAAUCAACAAAGUAAAUGCCACAAAGCUUCAACAAGUGAGUCGCAACCGCAAGAACAUGAAAAUCAACAAGAGAAUGAUAUUGCUGAAGCUACACAAUCAAAUCAUAAUGAAGUAGAUCUUAAGCAUCUAGAAAGAGAUCCUGCUAAGCGAAAACAAAUGUGGAAAUAUUCAGUUAAUUUAAGGGAACAAGUAAGACGAGCUUAUAUGACUUUAGGACCUUUCCAAAUACGUUUUCAAGAAUAUCAAGCUAAAGGUUUAAAGAAACGUCCUCAUAGAUUCCAAUAUUCUUGGUUCAACAUUUUCCCUAAUUGUGUGUGUCAUGGUUAUGAUGAGUUUACUGUUAAAGGAUUUGACAAUUGGAAAAAAGUUAAUGAUGGGAAAAAAUGUGCAUUCUUGAAGCACAUUGGUUGUUCACAACAUAGAAAUGUUGUUACAUUUGCUGAAGACUUGAUGAACCAAGCAACACACAUUGAAAAUAUCAUAGUGAAGCAAAAUGAAGCACAAAUAUUAAAGAACCGUUUACGAUUAAAAGCUUCAAUUGACACAGUUCGUUGGUUGACAUUCCAAGCUUGUGCUUUACGAGGACAUGAUGAAAUGCCUAAUUCCAAAAGUCGAGGUAAUUUUCUUCAACUACUUCAACUUCUAGCAUCUUAUAAUGAUGAAGUUGCAAAUGUUAUAUUAGAGAAUGCUCCUUAUAAUUCAAAGUAUACUUCUGGAGAUAUUCAAAAAGAAAUUCUUAGUAUUAUUGCAAAUAAAGUUAGGAAGCAUAUUCGUAGUGAAGUAGGGGAUUCAUACUUUUAUGUCAUGGUUGAUAAGUCACUAGAUGAGUCUAAAAAAGAGCAAAUUGCCAUAGUUUUGAGAUUUGUUGAUGCAGAAGGGAUCAUACGGGAAAGGUUCUUGGAUUUGGUUCAUUUUAGGGAUACGUUAUCAUUAACCUUGAAAACAAAUAUGUGGAGAUAA